AUGACGACCAGCAAAGCUGCAGAGAAGCAGACCACUCUGGUCCAAUCCGUCCCGGCGUCAGCGAUCGAGGAUGCAGAGCUGUCGUUUCAGUUUUCGAAGGAUGAGCAUAACCAGGGCUUUUGGACCGCUAUGCGGCUGCACUGGCCCGCAGUGGGGUGGGGCUUGUUCAUGAAUCUGGCAACUAUCCUGAAGGGUAUUGACGGGGGUGUGGUGAAAGGUCUCGUCGGCCUGGACGUGUUCAAAGAGACCUAUGGCUACAAUCACAACGGAACCUAUAUGAUCGCCGCGCAGUGGCUUUCGGCCUUCAACUAUGCCAAUCUGCUCGGUGCCAUCGUGGGCGCCCUCUGCUCCGGGGCCGCCUACAACCGCUUCGGGCCUCGCAUCAUGAUCGCCAUAUGUUCGUGCUUGUCUAUCGCCUUCAUCUUCAUCCAGUUUUACAGCCACACGCCCGCCCAGCUGUUUGUCGGGCAACUCGUCAACGGCGCGGUGAUCGCAUUCUACCCAAUUUGCGCCUCGGCGUACGUCGGCGAAGUGACUCCACUCGUCCUGCGAGGGUUUGCCGCCACCAUGACGAACCUGGCGUUUUCCAUCGGCUCCCUGAUCGCAUCCGGCAUCCUGAAGGGAACGGCGUCGAUGAACACCCAGCUGUCCUACAAAAUUCCCAUUGCCACCCAGUGGGCAUUGCCCUCUAUCAUGCUGUUCCUGGUCUUCUUCUGCCCGGAUCCACCGUAUUGGCUCUGCCGUAAGGGCCGCUACGACGCAGCGCGCGUAUCGCUCCGUCGCCUGGCCACACCUAGCAUAGACGUCUCGCGAAAGUUGGCGCACAUCCGAGAGACACUCCGGCUAGAGGAGGAGUUCCAGGGCGACCGGCCCCACUACAGGGAAUGCUUCCGCGGGCCCAACUUCCGGCGACUGAUGAUCUGCGUGAUGGCGUACAGCAUGCAGGCGUUCACCGGCAAUAUAUUUUUCAUCAACUAUGCCGUGCACUUCAUGGAGCUGGCCGGGCUGGAUUCAUCCGAUGCCUUCUCCAUGAACCUCGGUCUCACUGCCAUUGGGUUCCUGGGGACCUGUAUCUCGUGGCUGUUGCUAUCGUACGUCGGUCGGCGCACCAUGUACCUCUUCGGUUGCUCGUCGCUCGCCCUUCUGUUGUUCAUCAUCGGUGCCGUGGACCUCGCCCCACGCCAAACCAACACGGUAUGGGCGCAGUGCGGUCUCAUGUUAGUUUGCACAUUCGUGUAUGACCUCAGUCUCGGCCCUUUCUGCUACGUGCUUCUGGCCGAAGUGUCCUCUGCUGCUCUGCGCGGGUUCACGAUCGCCUUGGCAACGGUGGCCUGUUUCAUAUGGUCGGUCGUCUUCGCGGUCGCUAUUCCGUACGCCAUGAAUGAAGAUGAGGCCGACUGGAAGGGGAAGAUCGGCUUCCUCUUCUCGGGGCUCAGUGUCCUCUGUGUGAUUUAUGUCUACUGGUGUAUGCCGGAGACCAAGGGGAGGACGUUUGAGGAGUUGGAUAUUCUUUUCGAGAGGAAGGUACCCAGUCGGAAGUUCAAGUAUUAUAAGGUUGACAUUGAUAUUGACGGGAGGAGGCUGGAGGAAUAG